CGCUGUGGACCUGCUGUGAGGCCGCUUCCGGGGGGUCUUUUGUAUCCACUGCGCAAGCAGCCUUUGUGACUUUUCUCAAGGAGGUAAAGAAUUUCAGCUGUUAGGAGUGACCCAGACUCCGCCUCCUCGGGGACCUGACUGAUUCUUAAGUUGCACUGAAGUGAUCUUGGCAUCCGAUUUCUCACCAAACCUCAUCACUCUCCCAGGAUGGCAGCUGUUGAUCUGAGCCAUGAUCUUUCUAGAGAUCCUUUUUAUCUGCCUGAGGAAAAAACAGAGGCAGAAAGGAUGGUGGCUGUCUGGCUGAAAAAUUAUCAACAGAUUGCAGUGACCUUCGAGGAUGUGGCAGUGGACUUCACCCAGGAGGAGUGGCUAUUAUUGGACCUUACUCAGAGAAACCUAUACAGAAAUGUGAUGCUGGAGAACUACCAGAACCUGGUAGCAGUAGAAUAUCAACUGUCGAAACCUAAACUGAUCGCUUGGUUGGAACAACAAGAGUUGAGGACAGUGGAGAAGGGAGUUUUCCAAGAAUGGGAAACACAGCCUCAAACGAAAGGAUCAGCAUCUCACCAGGAAUUUUUUGGAGGAAAAACAGCCAUUGAAAUACAGAAAGAGAGGAACCACCAUGGAGCAGAACUCUUUGACUGUGAGCAAGGUGGAAAAGUCUUGAAUAAACAUUUAAACCUUAAGACACACAUGAGAACUCAAAAUAGAGGGAACAGUUUUGAGUGUAAUCAGUAUCACAGUGGCCUCCUUAAUCUGCAAAAGAAAAACUCUACUAGAGAGAAACUUUCUGAGUUUAAUCAGUGUGGUAAAGUCUACAGGCGGACUCCACAUGCAGUGUGUGAGAGAACCAGCGUGGCAGAUAAGACUUUUGAAUGCAGUGACUGUGGGAAAACGUUCAUUAGUCGUUCACACUUUCAGGCACAUAGGAGAACUCACAAUGGAAGAGAUUUCAGUGAAUGGAAGCAAUUUAUAAAAACUUCAGUUUUCUCAGCAGGCCAAAAGGAGCAUGUGCAGACACGGGCUGCUCACGAACCCCAUGAAGGUAAACAGUGUGGGAAGUCUUAUGCAGAUUCCAAGUGCCUCGAUAAUCGUAUCAUUCGACUUCAUGGUGGAAGAAAACCCUUUGAAUGUAGUGAAUGUAGGAAAGCCUUCACUACAUCCUCGCGCCUUUGUGUGCAUUUGAGAAUUCACACUGGAGAGAAACCCUAUCGAUGUAAAGAAUGUGGGAAACACUUCCAGUGGCCCUCACUCCUUCGGAAACAUGUUCGUACUCACAGUGGCGAGAAGCCCUAUCAAUGUAAGGAGUGUGGGAAAGCCGUCAGUCGUUCUUCGGUUCUUAAUGAACAUUUGAGAAUUCACACUGGAGAGAAGCCCUAUCAAUGUAAGGAGUGUGGGAAACACUUUGCUUGGCUGUCAGUCCUUCGGAAACAUGUUCAGACUCACAGUGGUGAGAAGCCCUAUAAGUGUAAGGAGUGUGGGAAAGCCCUCAGUAGUUCCUCAAUUCUUAAUGAACAUUUGAGAAUUCACACUGGAGAGAAGCCCUAUCAAUGUAAGGAGUGUGGGAAAGCCUUUACUAAUUCCUCACGACUUAGUGUACAUUUGAGAAUUCACACCGGAGAGAAACCCUAUCAAUGUAAGGAAUGUGGGAAAGCUUUUGUUUGGCCCUCGGUCCUUAAAAAACAUCUGCGAACUCAUAGUGGAGAGAAGCCCUUUGAAUGUGGUGAAUGUGAGAAAGCCUUCACGGAUCAUUUGUCCCUUAAGAAUCACAUCAGGUCUCACACUGGAAGCAAACCCUAUCAGUGUAAAGAAUGUGGGAAAGCUUUCCAUUUUCUUGCUUGUUUUAAGAAGCAUGUGAAAAAUCCCACCGAAGGGAAACCCUAUGAAUGUAAAGAAUGUACAAAAGCCUUCCGUUGUUCUUCCUUCUUUAGGGCACAUAUGAAGAUUCACACUGGAAAGAUGAACUUCGAAUGUAAGGAAUGUGGAAAAACCUUUAGCUGUUCUUCAUCCCUGACAGAACACAAAAGGAUUCACAGUGGAGAUAAGCCUUAUGAAUGUAGGGAAUGUGGGAAGGCGUUUAGUUGUUCCUCCUCACUCUCCAAACAUAAAAGAAUUCACAGCGGAGACAAGCCAUAUGAAUGUAAGGAAUGUGGGAAGGCCUUUAGUUCUUCCUCUCACCUCAUAAUACAUAUACGAAUUCACACCGGAGAGAAACCUUACGAGUGUAAAGAGUGUGGGAAGGCCUUCAGUGAAUCCUCAAAACUCACUGUACAUGUCAGAACACACACAGGCGAGAAACCCUAUAAAUGUAAGGAAUGUGGGAAAGCCUACAACUGUCCCUCCUCCUUAAGUAUCCAUAUGAGAAAACACACUGGAGAGAAACCCUAUGAAUGUCUGGAAUGUGGAAAAGCCUUCUAUCUUCCCACUUCCCUUAAUACGCACGUGAAAAAUCAAAGUAGGGAGAAACCCUAUGAAUGUAAGGAAUGUGGAAAAGCCUUUAGUUGUCCCUCAUCCUUCAGAGCACACGUGAGAGAUCACACUGGGAAGAUACAAUAUGAAUGUAAGGAAUGUGGGAAGGCCUUCAGCCGUUCCUCGUCCCUCACUGAACACUUAAGAACUCACACUGGAGAGAAGCCUUACGAGUGUAAAGAAUGUGGGAAGGCCUUUAUUAGUUCUUCCCACCUGACAGUUCAUAUACGAACUCACACUGGAGAGAAACCUUAUGAAUGUAAGAAAUGUGGCAAAGCCUUUAUUUACCCCUCAGCUCUGAGGAUCCACAUGAGAACACAUACUGGGGAGAAACCGUAUGAAUGUAAGGAAUGUGGGAAAGCCUUUCGCCAUUCUUCAUACCUUACUGUCCAUGCAAGGAUGCACACAGGAGAGAAACCCUUCGAAUGUCUGGAAUGUGGGAAGGCCUUCAGUUGUCCCUCAUCCUUUCGAAGACAUGUAAGAAGCCACACUGGAGAGAAACCAUAUGAAUGUAAGGAAUGUGGGAAAGCCUUCGUGUGUCCUGCCUACUUUCGAAGACAUGUGAAAACUCACUCUAGGGAAAAUGUGUAAAUGGUAAGAAAUGUGGGAAUGUCUGCAAGGCGUUUUCACCUCGUAGCAUAGCUGGAACGUUGUGGAGAUGCACCGUGAAUGUAAGAAAGCAAAAAAGUGUUGCUUAUCUGUUUGACGACUUGAGAACUCAUAGCUGAGAGAAACCCGUGUCCGUACGCCCUGUGGGAAUGCCUUUGUGAAUGUCACUUCCGGUGUAUAAGAAAAUUCACAAGAGAAGCACAGAUCAGGACCUCACUUGUAAAGUGGACUGCUGGCUCAUUGAUAGUCAGUUUCCGUUUUUUGAUAUGAAUUAUUUCAGGUGAUAAAUUUUCCUCUAAUACCUUUUUAGCU